UUGAAAAGCAACAGCCUAAUAAGUGAAACUCAUAGGGUUUUUUUUUUUUGUAAUUUACACUACAAUUUGUAUGUUCAAGCUGACACUGUUGCUCCAAAAGAGCAGAGAAAGAAAUCAAAAGAAAAUCAGAAAAGCAAAAUACGGAGGAGGACUGUCCAUCUCUUUGUAUUUGCAUUUAGAGUGAAAAUGGAGAAGGGUGGAAAAGGGUUCUCUCUGCCUGGAACAGCACUCAAAUCUUCUCUCAAGUCUCCUCCUCCUCCUAAUUCUAACCAUGCAGCAGCAAAAGGAAAGGAGGACGGCUCUGGAAAGUCUAAUAGGGGAAGGACAGUUCAAUUCAAUUCCGAAGGUCUUGAUGACGAUUUUGAUUUCCUAUCGAAUUCUAACGGGAAUGUUAAUUCCGCUGCUGCCAAAGGUAAUAUGAGCAAGGGGGGUAAAGGAGAUAAGACGUCAAAUGGUGGAAAGGCUUCCUCAAAAAAGGAUCGACAAACUCUUGAACUGAAAAUAGAGCAGGAGCUUCCAAAGAAUUCCACAUGUCUAAUGGACUGCGAGGCCGCACAAAUCUUACAAGGAAUCCAAGAGCAGAUGGUUUUACUAUCUCAAGAUGCCACAAUCAAACUUCCAGUGUCAUUUGACAGGGCACUGCCACAUGCAAAGAAAGGUUCUCAUUAUACAAAUCCCCAGUCUGUCAGGCGAAUUCUUGACGGUUUGAAAAAACAUGGCGUCUCUGAUGGGGAGAUAGCAGUAAUAGCUAAUGUCUGUCCGGAGAGCACCGAUGAAGUUUUUGCACUUGUCCGAUCAUUGAAGUCGAAGAUGAAUGAACUUACGGAACCACUCACACAUGUCCUUGGACAGCUAGCUGAACUGAAAAAGCAAGCAUAAUUCCUAUCUUGGAGUUGGAGGGAUACUUGAAUUCAGGCAUCGAGCAGGAAAGAAGAAAUUGCAUAGACACAGCAUUGCCAAAAUAUAUAUAAGGAUACAGAUAAAACUUUUAUUCUUGUUGAUUUUGUUACCUGUCUCUGCAUUUGUCACGGCCACGGUCCGAUCUACUUCUGCUCUGAAUUAUAUUCUUGGGGUCUAUUUUACUUCCUGAACUUCCUUCUUCUCCGCCCGGUAACUUUCUUUCAGAUUCUUGCUGUUUCUUCAUUUUCCGAUGAUCUGAUGAUCUCGUGCUGCCUUCUGGAAUAGUUUCAGUUGAUUGUUCAUCUUGCAUUUUACUUAUUUUUUCUUCGGAAAUUUGCGUCUUUUUCCCUCUUCUUGUCUCCUGGUUUAGCAUUCUCUGAUCUGUUGCUCUGGAACCUUUCUCAUGUUCAAAGAAGAGGACUUGCACCACGGUUCUUAAUGGCAGUCGUUCGUUCUUCACUGCGUGUGCUCGUACUUCUGGCGAUAGUUUUUGGCAGUCUAGAUGCCUGCAGAGACGUUUUCUGUCUUCUUUACUCAGCUCGGGAUGCUCCUGUUUUGUCAAAAAAGUGAAUCUUCAUCAUAUUAUGGUUGUUGCUCAGAAACAGAAAUGUCAAAACAUGAAUGAGUCAGCAAAAUGGCAAUUUUAAAAGUUUCUACACAUUAAGAGAAAAUUCCUCUAUAAAACAAGCGUUUCUGAAACAUUUCAUUUCCGUUUCAAUGAAACUUGUCGAGUCGUUCCUUUCAACAUUUCAUUUUUGUUUCUGGAAGUGUUUCUGAAACUCCAAAACUUUAUAUUUUUGUAAUUUUUUUUAUUUUACUGUUUUCAUUUCAGUAUUUCCCAUUGAGUAUGUGAACUAAUGCUUGACGAUAUAGAUUUAUGAGGUAAUUGAUUCUAAGAGUCAUACAUUUCCAAAUUAUUUCAUUCUCGUCACGAAAUUUUGAUUUGUUUUAUUUUGGUGAUAAAUUUUAAUUUUAUUUUACUGGAAAUGAAACCAAAUUAUGCGUAUGUGGAAAUCAAUGUUUGAUUAUUCAUGGUAAUUAUACCUAAUUAUUUUCUAUAAUUACACAAGCAGUCAAGAAUUAACUCGCUAUUUCUGUGUUAAAAUCCUUCUAGCUGAAAUGAAAUUUAAAUUUAGUCAUUAAAAUGAAACAAAUUAAAAUCCCAUUGAUCAAAAAAAUAAUCUGAAAGUUUAGCAGCUCCCAAAAUUAAUUACCUUAUGAUUCAUGUUUUAGUAGCAGAUAUCAUGAAAAUAGCUAUACCUUGAGAUAAAUGUUGAUUGCCUUGUAAAGGUCAUCAUGAACUUCCCUUGCAAUAUCAGGCAAAGCUUCAGCAAGUGAAACCAUUCUAGAUACAGGCAGGCUCUUAUCUCUUGAAAUCACUUGCAGAUACGAAUCGAUGAGCUUUCCGAUAUUUUUAAGCGAUCUUAUAAACUGCGAAUUUUCGACAGGUUGCGGUGACUGUCUUCUCCAUAGCAUUAAGAAACUUUCCAAUACUGAUGCAACCAAAUCAACAUCAUAGGAACACUGAUUGAAUGAUGAAUGUGAAGGAAAUACUAGAUCAGUCACCGUCGCCUCCUCUAAUUGCAAACCGCUUCUCCUAACGAGUUCUGUUUUCGUAAUAGGCGAUGCUCCUCCUAAGUAAUUCGCGAUACUAAGAAGUCUUAGCAAGAAGCUAACGGAUACUGACCCUCUAUCUGCUGGAAUCAUACUUACAAUGGCUUCGAGAAUUUUUCUGUUUUUCUCUGUAUCUUCAUUUUGAGUGACUGAAAUCUGUGCAGGAUGAGUUUUUGUACUGUCUGGUAACCAACGACUAGCAUAUACGUGCAAUGCUUCACCAAUAAGUUGCGGUGGCAGCAUGUAUGUAGAUCUUACGGCUGUGAUUAUACAUCGAAAGAGAUCUAUAUCAAGAUCAGAUACGUCUUCAGUCCACCAAUCCUUGGGGACGGAUUGCUGAGACUUUUUAAACCCUGGUCUGGUGUAUGUGUAGGACCAUGUAACCUGCAGAAGAGAGUAGUCAGUUUUCUCAGCAGAAACAAAGAGAAUGUUCCGAAUUCCUGAAAUGCAUACUUUCUUUCUUGUAAUUAAUUGAUUAUAGAAGUAACUGAAUUAACCUUUGGUGGGGGAGUAAGGAUUUUUUCGACGAUUGAAUUAAUGCAUUUUCUGAUGAUUCCGAGAUUCUC